AUGUUGAUUGAUAUGGAUCUGCUGCAUGUCUUGGAAAAAGACAGUACUGGAAGUCCAGAUGUGCUUUCACCAGAUGUCCAACACAAAAAGGUGGUACAACCUGAAGGAAAGCCAGUGUCCUCUGGAAAAGACAAAAGUGUUGUCAACAUGCAGGGACAGGCAACAAUGAUCCAGAAACCUCCUGCCACUACAACAGCACCAAUAAAGGAGCAAGUGAUCAUGCCCUCUGAUGAUCAUGAAUGGCCAACACUUGCAGAGAGUUUAAAGACAUCUCACAUUCAUCCUAAAGGCUCACGUGGCACACUGAUGUCUCGUCAUCAGAAGUACCUGAAGGACUGCAGUGUGGUCCUUCAAAAGCUGAAAUUGAAAACUGAUGACGCCAGUGUGCCAUCACCAGCUCCCAAUGGCAAAACGUAUGCAGCUGCUGUCCAAGACCGAAGAUCGGUUUCACACACAGAUGUCACCAAGGACCAGCUUUGCUGUCACUCCCAGGAGCAUUUGAAAGACUGCUCUGAGGUUCUACACCAUCUCCAGAUGAACGACAAAUACAGUGUUCCAUCGCCUGUACCAAAAGACAAAACGAAUGCAGAUGAUCUCAAAGACCAAGGACCUGUUGACCUAGGAGAUGCUACAAAGCAACAGGAAUGUAAGGAGACGAGUGUUCAACCUGAGAAGUUCCAUGAUGCUCCUGGUGCUGCAGCUUCAAGUGCUACCAUUGCAUCUUCCUCAUCAAAUCAGGAAAGUUUGAACACUUUUCAUUCUAUUGUCAAAGGUUCAUUUCAUCAAGGCCAUAAGCGUUUUGGGUGCAACCGAUUUAAACAGUGUGCACCAAACAGCAUUACAGCCAUCAUGACAAACACUGUCAAAAUGGCUUCCACAUGGUCAAGAAAAGACAUUAACAAUAUCUUGAUAAGUGGUGAUAGUUUAUACACUUACAUGAAAGAGCAAAACAUGAUCAGUGAUGCAGAAGGCAGUGGUUAUGUUUUUGUUCAAGAAUUACCCACAGAGCACACAUUCCAUCAUCACAAGUUCUCUUUGGAAUACAUGCAGACCUUCACAGGACAUCUUCAUCAGCAGAUUUACCAUGAAGAUGUUUCAGAUUUUGCCAUGCCUUUGGACGUUGCAUUACAGAGAGCUAUAUUUGACAAUGACGGCUGUCUGUUUACAAUUAGUAGAAACACAUGUGCGGUUUUGAAAGAACAAUCUCAGUUUUCUGUUUUUGAUCCACAUUCACGUGGUCAUGAUGGUCUCUGGCAGUUGAAUGGCACAAGCAUAGUAGCACACUUUGAUACUUUAGACCAAGUUUAUACGCAUUUAAUCAAUCUCUCUCACUCUUUGUGUGCUGACAAUGCAAAUGAAGAGGACACAGCUUUUGAAAUGACCGGUGUUAAGGUGACUGCUCAAUCUAUGAGUAAACCUAUCCAAAGGAAAACUGCUUCUUGCCAAAAUGAUGUAGAGUUAAUCAGUGGAAAUGAUGAUAGUUUUGAUGACGAUACAUUUGAUCAGUUAGUACUUGAAGAGAUUGAACAUGUUGCAGUUAGUGACACAUCUGAGUCUCUUUUUGAAUCUCCAUCUCGUUGUGAGCUCAUCCAUAUGCAAAAUAGAUCUUUUCAAGAUGAUGCAGAGUCAAUAUGUACUAGUUUUGAUGAUGAUAGUUUUGAUAAAGUAGUACUUCAGGAAAUAGACGAAAUUGCAGUUAAUGACACCACUUCCCUUGAUGUAGACUCAAACGUGGAAAGAUAUAGAAAUAAGAUUGACCACCGUAACCGCAUCAAACAGUCUAAUUCUGAACGGUAUAGAAAUGUAACUGCUUAUGCCGAUUCUGUUAAGGAGCACGGAAAACGUAGACGGCAAAAUCUCAUGACUAGAAAAAAGUUCAUAGACAAUGUCAUUCAGCUUUUUAGAGAAAAGGUUAAAUUUGGCCCUCAAUUAGUCUGUUGUGUUUGUCAUCGGUUACUUUUUAAACAUCAAGUUCUUGAAUGUAAAACACAGCAGUAUGAAAUUAGAGGUUCAUUCAUUUCAUCUGUGGCAAAAAAAUGCAUCACUGACACUUAUUUACACAAGUGUGGACAGUCUUCAGAUUCCAAAUGCCAUCUAGAGGUUAGCCCUGCAUGUAAAUUGUGGGUCUGUUUUACUUGUCACCGUAAAAUGCUCAAUGGAAAAGUCCCUGAAGAAAGUGUUGCAAACAAUAUGCACCUAGAUUCUAUUCCUGUUGAACUUAGUACGUUGAAUCCUCUUGAGCAACAUCUAGUGGCACAGCACAUUCCGUUUAUGAAACUUUUAGCCUUACCAAAGGGAGGACAAAAUGGUGUCCAUGGACCUGUGACUUGUGUUCCAUCUAAUACAGAAACUGUGAGUAACAUUCUACCCAGAUUAGAUGAUCAGAAUCUAAUGAUUAAAGUCAAACUGAAGCGAAAGCUGACAUACAAGGGUCACUAUGACUAUCAGUAUGUCAACGCUCUGAAAGUACAUAAUGCAAUUGCAUACCUUAAAUCUCACAAUACUUUUUACAAAGAUGUACAAUUUAACAGUGCAUGGACAAAUCCCCUAGAAAAAGAGUCUGAAGACUCUAUCUCUGAAACUGACAACGUCACUUUGGAAGAAGACGGCAAUAGAGCUGAAAUAGAGUGUGAACAUCUUGGCAAAAGAGAUGGCAGUGGCACAGAGGUAGAGUCUGAAGAUCUUGUUAGCGAUGAUCAUUUUAAUGAUAGACAACAGCAUGGGAUGUUUUUGGACACAUGUAUGCAACCAGUAGACAUUGCCCAAGAAAUACUAGACAACCAUUUUGACAGUGUUUUAUCAGUAGCACCAGCUGAGGGAAAUACUCCAGUCAGAUUGCUUACCGAUACUUCUAAUGAGGCUAAAUGCUUUCCAGUUCUGUUUCCCAAUGGAACAGGUACAUUUCAUGAUGCAAGAGAGCAAAGGAUUACACUCAGCAAAUAUUUAAACACCCGAAUUCUCAAUGCUGAUGGCAGAUUUGGCAAGAACUUGGAUUAUAUCUUUUAUGCACAAUAUUUGUCAGAAGUUAAUCAAGUUGUAUCAAAUGUUUCCAUUGCACUGAGAAAGGGCUACCAUGGCUUAGACAACACCAACAUUACAUCAUCCAUGCUGGGCAAUACAUACUUUUUGAAGAAUGUUUUAAAUGCUGACAUGGGCUAUAAGUUUUUGAAGCCCAUUAGAGGUACACCAGUAUUUUGGCAGGGAGUUCAAAAAGAUCUGUUUGCUUACGUUAGACAACUUGGCAUUCCUACAUGGUUUGCUUCCUUUUCUUCAGCAGAUUUAAGAUGGCCAGAAUUUAUGGAAGCUUUUAUGGCUAUAGAAAACAUUCAAGGCAAUAUUCAUGACAUGGACUGGGCACAGAAAUGUGACUUAUUGAAAAACAAUCCAGUGACAGCAGCCAGAAUGUUUGACUAUAGAUUUAGAUCUUUUUUAAAAGAUGUUAUCAUGUCUCCCGCUCAGCCAAUUGGUAAAAUCAUUGAUUAUUUUUAUAGAGUAGAGUUUCAGCAACGUGGAUCAUGUCACACUCAUUGUCUAUUUUGGACCGACGGGCCUAAAAUAGGAGUCAACACAGAUGCUGAAGUCAUAGCUUUUGUAGAUAAAUAUGUUACAUGCGACCUCCCACCUGACAGUGAUCCUCUCCAUGAAGUGGUACAUAGUGUUCAAAUGCAUAGCAAAAAACACUCUAAAAGUUGCAGAAAAAAUCACACAACUUGCAGGUUUCACUUUCCCCGACCACCAAGCAACAAUACAUUCAUAUGCAAACAGGAAACGGAUGUUGACAAUAAGGAAAACCCAUCUGACAAAACAUCUUCAGAUUUAAAAAAGGCAGCCAAGCAUAUCAUGACCAAAGUUAAAGAAGCUUUGACCAGUGAAAACAACACAUUUAAUAGCAUAGAUGACUUGUUUAAUUCCAUUGGUAUUGACCAGACUACAUUUGAAACAGUCUACAAAUUGACCUCUUCAAAAACAACUGUCGUCCAUAAACGAAACAUCAACGACAUCUGGGUUAAUCAGUAUAACACAGACCUGCUACGUUGCUGGAAUGCAAACAUGGACAUCCAGUUUGUCUGUGAUGCAUAUGCAUGUAUUGUUUAUAUCAUUUCCUACAUAUCCAAAGCAGAAAGAGAAAUGGGUUUGCUAUUAAAACAUGCACAAAAUGAAAUCAAACAUAAUGAAAACCUGGAUGCAAAACAAGCGCUUAACAAACUAGGGAAUGUGUUUCUGCAUAACAGAGAAGUUUCUGCUCAAGAAAGUGUGUAUCGGGUAACAAACAUGAGAUUAAAAGAGGGCUCUAGAAAAGUCACAUUUGUUCCAACAGGUGACAACAUUGUCAGAAUGAGCUUACCUCUUAAUGUCAUUCAAAACAGUGCUAAUGGUAAUCAGAUCUGGAUGACAAACAUUACUGAUCGAUACAAAAGCAGGCCUAAGUCUAGUGAAUUUAUGGACAUGUGCAUAGCUACUUUUGCCUUAGAAUACAGAAAUGUACCAAACAGUGAGAAAUCUAGACCAGAAGUGGUUAGUUUAUUAAACAACAAUGGCUGUGUAAGGAAGCGGACAAGGACAAAUGUAGCUGUUGUUAGAUAUGCUCGUUUUUCUAAAGAACAAGAUCCUGAGAAACACUAUCAAAGCCAGCUUCAGUUGUUCCUUCCUUAUUACACGGAAAACCAGUUAAAACCGUCACAAUUUACAACAUUUCAAGAGUUUUAUGAGACCGGCUCAAUCACAAACAGUAGUAAAAACAUCCAGUCUGUCAAAGACGUAGUAGAAUUCAACAGAUCCAAGUUUGAAAUCAAAGCAGAAGAUUUACAAAACAUACAGGAAGAUAUUGAACACUUUGGAUUUCAAGAAGAUGUUUGGGCAGAGCUGUGUCCUGAGGCAGAACUAGACCGACUGGAAUGUUUGGAAGACAGAUCUUUAGAUAACAAUCCAAAUACUGGUGAACAAGAAGUUAUUCCAGAUCUAGAGCCAAUCACAAAACCAGCUUUAUCAUUUCACAUUCAAAAACAGAUAGUCUCACACAAGGAAGCACAAUCCUUAAUGCGUUCUCUAAAUCAGCAGCAGAGCAAUGUGUUUUAUAAAAUCCGGCAGUGGUGCUUAGAUAAAGUAAACGGUCACAAUCCAAGCCCUUUUUAUGUUUUCAUUUCAGGUGGAGCGGGAACAGGCAAGUCCCAUUUGGUAAAAGCUGUGUCCUAUGAAACAACCAGAAUACUAUCCAGAUUAUCUAAUUAUCCUGAUGAUAUUCAUGUUUUACUGACUGCCCCCACUGGAGUGGCUGCAUUAAAUAUCAAUGCCACAACAAUACAUAAUAGCUUUGCAAUUGGCAAUAAUAUUUCAUUACCAUACCAGCCUUUAAGAGAGGAAAAAAUAAACACAUUAAGAGCAACCCUGAAACAUUUACAAAUCUUGAUAAUAGAUGAAAUCUCAAUGGUUGAUAAUAAGCUAUUAACAUAUAUCCAUGGUAGACUGCGUCAGAUCAAACAGUGUUCAGACUUUUCUUCAUUUGGUAAUGUCUCCGUCAUAGCUGUUGGUGAUUUUUAUCAGUUGCCACCUGUCAAAGGGACUCCUCUCUACAAGGACCCCAUUGGUUCCAAUUUGUGGCAAAACAGUUUCAGUCAUGUAGAACUCACAGACAUAUUACGGCAAAAAAACAAAGACUUUGCUGUAACACUUAACCGUUUAAGAAAACACAAAAAAGACCAACCACUUCACCCACAAGACGAAGCACUUCUCAAACGAUGUGAAACAGGCAUGGGUGAAGACACUGAAAUUCUGCAUCUUUUUGCAACAAACAGUGAUGUUGAUAAUCAUAACUUCAACAUGUUGCAUAAACAAUGUACAGACAUUGUACAAAUCAAAGCCCAAGAUUUCCAUAAAAACCCUCAGACUGGCCGUACCACUAGAAUACCCUCAACACUUGAUUUUGGCAAGAAAACCUAUUUAGAUAAAUUACUAAGUAUAGCUCCUAAAGCUCGUGUAAUGCUCAUUAAAAACAUUGAUGUUUCUGAUGGACUUGUUAAUGGUGUGUUUGGUACUGUUUGUCGCAUACAAUUUCUAAGUAACAAUAGCUUCCCACACAUCAUUUAUGUUAACUUUGAUAACCCAAGUAUAGGCCAACAACUACGACACAAGUUUCCAACUUCAGACACCGAUCUGACUAAUGCCACACCAAUUGGUCCCGAUGAAGAUAAACUUGAAAAGGGGGUUAGACGUCAAUUUCCACUGCGGCUGGCUUGGUCUUGCACCAUACAUAAAGUCCAAGGCCUAACACUACAGAAAGCAGUAGUCUCUUUUAAAAGGAUUUUUUCUGCUGGACAAGCAUAUGUAGCUUUAAGUCGUGUUACAUCACUAGAACACCUCACUAUCCAAGAUUUUAAAGCUAAAGCAAUCUAUGCAAGAAGUGAUGUGGAAGAAAACUUGAAAUUAAUGCCAAACUUUAUCGACACACCAGUUUCAGUGCCAAACUGCACUUUUAAAGUCUGUCUUCAUAAUGUGCAAGGUCUCAAGAAUCACAUACAGGAUGUCAAGAGCAACCAAAAACUACUCACAGCCGAUAUAAUUUGUCUGACAGAAACUUGGUUAAAAGAAACACAUCCCCCUGAAAGCAUUUCACUGCCAGGUUGGACUUUUCACCACAAAACAAGAUCAGACUCAUAUGAUGAAACUGGACUAUUUUCUACUUUCAGAAGCAAAAAUGGUGGUGGUGUUGGUUUCUAUCACAAAAACAGCAUUAUGUGUAAAAGUAUGGCUUUCAAUUGCAACAACCUGGAAGCUUUGCUUUUUAGCACACAGACUUUAAACCAUCAUUAUAUGCUGUUGUACAAACCACCAUCAUAUAACCUUCAGAAAUUCAAAGACAAUCUAAAACCUGUACUGCAUUAUUUCAAUGAAUGUCCAGGAACCAAAAUAGUCAUGGGUGACAUGAAUGACGAUGCACUGGUUUCUAAUUCAUUUGUCAGCUUCAUGAAAUUGCAAGGAUACACUCAAAUAGUAACAAGUCCAACAACCGAAAACAAUACUCUAAUUGAUCAUGUUUACAUCAAAGACAUUGAUCCCAAAACCGUACAUGUAGAAGUUAUUCCCACCUAUUACAGUUACCAUGAAUGUAUUCAAAUAUCAUUCUUGACAAGAACAGACACAGACAUACAGUUACAGGAACUGGGGACAGACAGACAGGGACUGCAGGACAAAUUGCCUCAAGGGGAAAGACAGACAAUCACAGAUAGAUGGACAGGUGGACACCAGAGCUGACCAUAACAAAUUACACAUAGAGGUCCGUUUCAUUCAUACAAAAUCAAUGUUGCUUCAAAAUCAUCUAAAGUUAUUUGGACUCAUAUACAUAUAUACCAUACCAUACCUUACCAUUUAAUGUACAUAAAGCAUGUGAAAUACACUUUUUAUUCAUAAAAAAGUGUAUGACAGUAUCACACUUACUUGUGGUUUUGAUAAUGGACACUUGAAAUGUUACUUUGUGUUGUGCCAUCACUGUUUCAAUGUAUAAAAAUGUAUCCAUUUAGAUAUUCACAAAUUCACUUAUUCUAGUACUAUUUUUAUUUUCCUUUGUUAAAGACUUCAUUUUACAGCACUCUUCUUUUUUUCAAUCUCCACUAGGAACAAUCACCCACCAGAUGAAAUUCCUGAAACAACACAACUGAAAUCUGCCGAAUCAGCAACCAUCAUGUGACCACGCCGCCUGCCUGUCGUCCUGUUUGCUUCCCAGCCUGCCUAACUACCAGCCUCUGGACCUGCAUCAUAUCCUGCCUCGCAACCUGUUUCCUCAUCCCAUCCUGGAUCCUCAUUCCCUGCUGCUUGUCUGUCCCUACCUGGCCCCAAAGCCCCAGCCCUGCCUCACCAAGACCGAUCAUCUCCAAUCUUGAUCCCUCCUAUUCCAGUUUGGAGCACCGUUUUCAGUUUCACAUUGUUCUUAAUAAAUAUUAUUUGUUAUUCACUUGCCAUAGUUUCCAUCUGUGAUUUUUUUCAUGUCCUGGGUAAAACAUUCCCAACAUGACACUUUGCCUCAGAAUGCCCUUCUGCCACUUUGCUAUACAUUGUGUAACACAUCAUUUGUACAUUUACAUAUGUAGAUAACAAUAAAGUGUUUUCUGUACUCUUGAAUCAAUAUAAUUUCUGGUAUCCUAAUUUCAAUGCAUAGUGUUGUAAAAAUAUUGUUUCCUCUACAAAGUCUCCCCCACAAUUGGCAAAAUUUGACAUACAAUAAACUGCUGUUUUUUAAUUCAA